GACACAUGUCGCAGCCCAGCAAGAAGCAGCGCGUGGGCAGCAGCAGCGCGUGGUCGCCUUCCUCACUCGACGAAGCCCUUGACGCGCUGGAAGCCUCCUCCGAUUUUGUCUCCAAGCUCAACAUCCAAACGUCCAUCACCCGUGCGCAGGCCGAGCGGUUCUCCACAAUUUAUGGCAAUCUGCGCAAAAAGUACACGGCCAUUGUGGCACUCGAAGCGCGCAUGCGAAAACUGCGUGAGGCCAUCCUGCCGGACGAGGUCGUUCUGCCGCUAGACCUCCUCGUGCACUCCUUCUGCUUCCUCCGCCCCAAUGACCUCGCCCGCUCGGCCGAGGUGUGCAAGUACUUCAAGGCGGCGGCCGAGCGGGCGGUGCACGAGCGCGGCGUGCGCAUCGGCCUGGAGGGAUUCAGCCUGUCGAGCCUCACAACGCAGGAGCUGAUUGAAUUCGAGAGCAACGCCAC